AUGCUUCGAUGUAAGAUUAAACAAAUGGAUGUUUGCUUUUUUUGGUUAAAUAGUAAAAGAUAUAAUAGCAUAAUAAAAAGAGAGCAAUCUAACGAGGGAAAAAAUUGUUACAUAAAAGAUGAGGAAUUAAAAAAAAACUUUGAAAAAAUCUCUAAGGGUUCUCCCCCUAGGGCAAAAAUAAAUAAUAUAAUAAAUUUUUUAAUGAGAUCUAAUAUAUUAUCAAAUACAUGGUCGAAAUUAGAAAUAAUAGAUGAAAUGUAUAAACGUAAAAUUGAUAAAGAAUUAUCAUUUCAUAUAAAUGUAUUAUAUGGAAUGGGUUCAAAGGGAAUAAAUUUAAAUAAGAAGGGAAUAAUCCCUCCUAUACUUUUUUUACCCUUAAUAGAUUAUGAACAAUUCAAAUAUUUUGUAAAGGUUAUGGAAAUUGCUGAUCGGGAGAAAACUUAUAAUAUACACAAACAACAAGAAUAUCUCCAUAACUUUUUUAAAAAAUAA